AUGGAGACUACGGAGGAAUCUCCGAGGAGGGUGACGAGACAUUCGCUGAGAACCGCGGACAGGUCGGAGUGCGUCUUUCUCGCACCGGCCAUGUUGAACGAUGGCACGUCACCGAUGGCGGGGGGAUCGAGGGGGGGAGCGAGGUCCGACGACGAGGAGUCGGUCGCCUCGAUCGCCUCGCGCUCGUCGCUGGCUUCAGCGGCGUCCAAGGGUAAGAAGAGGAGGAUAGCAAUCACAACCCCGGACGUGUCCGAAGAGUUAGCGAAGCAAAUAAGGACGAGUUCGGCCGCGGACGUCAGCGCGGGCCUGAUGAUGCACGUCUCCGAGAUCAUGUGGGUUGCGACGACGUCGUCCAACCUCAAGGGGACGUACAUCAGAUCCCUGAAGGACGCUGCGAACUAUAUCACCGCCGCCUGGAAGACGGAAUCCUCGAGGAGGACGAGGCCAGCGCGAGACAGCGACAACGUAGACACGAGGCUGUCCGUGCUGGAGGAGGAAAACGCAGCUCUCCGCCAAGAACUGAGGAGAUUGGCUGCUCGCGCUUACGAGUGCCCGCGGUGCACCGGCGCGUUGUCCGAGUACGACCGUCCUCCGCCGGAAGGCGGGAGCGACAGGGCACGACUAGAUGCCCUGGAGAGGGUAGUCCGUGAGCUAGGACCCUCUAUUCUCAGAACCAUAGAGGAGCGUUUCGGGGGUACACGACGGCUAAACACCCCCGAAGCACGUCCGAGCAAGGACCGCUCCACCGAUCUCCGCGCCGCCCAAACGACGUCGCUCCCGAGGGAGCAGGAGGGUGGGGAGUGGAAAUUGGUGGAGGCGAAGAAGAAGAGGAGGAGGAGGAAGAAGAUGAACGGGACGAAGACAGCCGUCGCCGCUGGAGAAGACGCGGCGAGGAAAGGGGCGACCGCGCCACCACCGACGCUGGCACGCCAGCAGCAGAUCCAGCCCGGUAGGACGACAGGCGCGCCGAAAGCGAACGCCCCUGCAACGCAGAGAGGACCACUGCAGGCACCCAAGCUGGUCACGCCCCCUCGCGCACCGCGAACAUCCGCGGUGACCUUGACGCUAAGCGAGGGAGCGAGGAUGUCGUACGCCGACGUCCUGGAAGCAGCCAGAGCGAAGGUUCCGCUCUCGGAGCUUGGUGUGGAGCGGGUGGAGAUGAAGAAGGCGAUGACGGGCGCCAUUAUCAUCAAAGUCCCUGGAGACAGUGACAGGGGAAAGGCGACGCUGCUGGCGACGCGUCUGGCCGAGGCGCUGGAUCCGACGGCGGUGAGAGUCGCCACGCCGACCAGGAUGGCGGAGGUACGCGUGACCGGGAUAGACAUCUCGGUCAAGAAGGAGGAGCUGCAGAGAGCACUGACCUCGGCGGCAGGAUGCGGCAGCGCGGAGGUGCAGGUGUGCGAGAUCGGCGCCACCAGAGGCGGCCUCGGGUCGGCAUGGAUCAAGUGUCCGGUGGCAGGAGCCCGCAAGCUGGCCCAGGCAGGGAAGAUAGCCCUGGGCUGGUCAACCGCGAGGAUAAGGGCCAUCCCGAAGCGGCCGCUGCAGUGCUUCAGGUGCCUGGAACUGGGGCACGUACGCGCCAUCUGCGUAUCCAGCGAAGACCGAGGGCACCUGUGCUACAGGUGCGGCGGGAGCGGACACCGCGCCAGAGGCUGUCCCGCCUCCGCACCCAAGUGCCCCCUGUGCGAGUCGCUCGGGGCGCCCGCGAAUCACAGGAUGGGCGGGGAGGCAUGCGCCCCGCCGAAAGUCAAGAGGAAGAGACCGAUCCGCCAACCAGCAGCAGCAGCCGCGGAAGGGACACCGGGAAGCACCGCCAAACCAGCAGCGGCGGAUGGCCGGGAGGAGGCCAUGGAGGUUACCGCAUAA